AUGUUCCUCGCGCUCACGGUGGUUCUCCCGCACAACACUGGGUCAACAGCAACAGCACCACCGCCACCAGCGGCGACGCUCAAGGCCCUCGCACGUUCGACUCGGAGCCCUUCCCGAGGGCCCUGGUGCGGACGUACUCGGCGAGCGGCGGGAUCAGUUGCAGGCGGCGGCGGCGCUGGGAAAGGCGCGGGGGCAUUGGACGGGCAGUUUAUAAGCAAGCUGGCCAAGAGGUUGGCAGACAGCUUUCCUCUACUGACCACAGAGGAGAUCAAGAAGGAGGUCCGGGCGCUACUCAACCCGGAGACAAAGGGAGACACGCCCGCCAAGGCGCCCGGCGCCCGCGAGGACACCCUCGCCGUCCUUGCCAAGGACGUGCGAGAGCUGGUGGAAGACCUCAUGGACCAGGUCGGCGUUGGUUCCGGCGCGGACGACAAGGCGGGGCUGGUCGAGCUCAAGGACGUUGCUCAAAAAUUCAAGGGGGUGCUGAGGGGCGACCCCGCGGUGGUGCAAGAACUCCGCCGGCAAGUGCUGGACGAUCUGGAGGAGGUCCGCGAAGAGAUCGAAGAGCUCCUGGAGGUUAAGGAGCUGUCGAAGGCAAGAGCCAAGCUGGAGAAGGCGACGGCGGAAUCUACGGAGAUGGUGCUCGACUCGGCGGCCGCCGCGCUGGCGAAGGGGAUCGACAAGGUCGUCAACGAGGGGAAGGACGCCAUUCCGGAGGGAGAGGAGACGGAGAAGUUCCAGGUGUCCACUUACUUCUUCGGGAAGGAGAACGAGCUCUGGGACGACAUGCGGGCCAACGGGGUUACCCGCGAGAGGUUCGUCCGCUAUUCUCUUCUCGGAGGCGCCGUCGCGCUCGGAGGAAAUCUCUUCGGGGUGACCUCGGCGCUGUUGGGCAGCGUGGCUCCCGAGGCUUCGAGGGACUUGCGGGUGGACCUGCUGUUUCCCAUCGGAGGGUUCAAGAGGUUUUACUCUCCCGAGGACGGAUACGAGUUCAUGUACCCGGACACGUGGGUGGGCGACUCGGGCUUGGCGCUGCGGCGACAGCGCGACCUGGAGGACCUGCGGGCCUCCCCCGCCGCGGUCGCCAGAGCCCGCCAGAGGAGGUCGAGCUCGGCACCCGAGGUCGCCUUUGGCCCCCAAGGAGGAGACGGCAUUGAAAACGUCUCGGUGGUGAAAAGCGAGCUCAUGCCCGGCUUUUCUCUCAAACGAACGCUCGGGGACCCCAAGGAAGCCGCCGAGAAAAUUCUCUCGACCGUGAUUGCUCCGCCUGGCUCGGGGAGAGAGUGGGAGCUGUUAGAAGCUUUCGAAGACAACAGGGAGCCGGGGGGGCUCGUGUAUCAGUUCGAGUAUCGCGUUCAGGGGCAACGAAUCCGAAAGCCGAUGCGCAACGUCGGGGUGGUGGCCGCUAGAGGAUCCACCCUCUUCACCGUCACCGUUCUCGCGCCGGAGGAGAGCUGGGGUGGGAAGGGCGGGCGGGGGGAGAAGUUCAGGCAGAUGGCCAACAGCUUCCGGCUUGCGUGGGUGGGAUGGCCUCCCGACCAAGCAUGA